CCCUCACUCUGCCCAGUUCGAUCGGCAACGGGAGCGCGAGAGGAAAGCUGAGAGCCCGAAGGCAGUAGCCCGUACCACCGCCGGCCCAGGUUACCAUCUAGCACCGGGAACACAGCAGAGAGCCGCCGCCGGCACAACACAACCAGUAGCAGCCAUGAGCAGCGAGGCCGACACCCAACCACCACCCGAGGCCCCCGCGGCCGACGACGACAGCCCGUCCAGCCCGGCGGCCGCAGCCUCCGCGGCGGACAAGAAGGUCAUCGCAACAAAAGUCCUGGGUACAGUGAAAUGGUUCAACGUCAGGAAUGGAUAUGGUUUUAUCAAUCGGAAUGAUACAAAGGAGGACGUUUUUGUACACCAGACAGCCAUCAAGAAGAACAACCCGAGGAAAUACCUUCGCAGUGUUGGCGAUGGAGAAACUGUGGAGUUUGACGUAGUUGAGGGAGAGAAGGGAGCAGAGGCGGCAAAUGUCACUGGCCCAGGAGGCAUUGCAGUCCAGGGAAGUAAGUACGCCGCUGACAGGAACCGCUAUAGGCGCUAUCCCCGAAGAAGGGGCCCUCCUCGCGGUGGAGAAUAUCCAGAUAACUACCAGAGUGACGGAGAAGGGGAGCCACCCAGCGGAGGUCGUGAGAAAGGAGGCAGCCGAGAUGGGGGAGAGAGCGCCCCAGAAGGAGAUGUGCAGCAACAGCAGCGCAGGCCCGCUUAUCCUGGCAGACGGCGCUACCCACCAUACUUUGGAGGCGAGGGUGACGAGAGCCAGGGAGGUCCUGACCAGGGCAACAAACCAGCGAGGGGGACCUACUACAGAGGCUUCCGACCAAGGGGUCCACCCCGUCCCAGACCAGUGCGGGAUGGCGAGGAGGACAAGGAGAAUCAGGGUGGUGAAGAUGGUCAGAACCAACAGCCCCGCCAGCGGCGCUACCGCCGUAACUUCAACUACCGCCGCAGACGUCCACAGACUGGCGGCAAACCUGGCCAGGAAACCAAGGAGGCCAAGACAGGAGGUGACCCACCUGCAGAGAAAACGGCCGCUCCCGAGGCCCAGCAGGGUGGGGCUGAGUAGGAAACAACCUGCCCACCGGCACCUACCAUCUUUUACCAUCGUCCGGUUUUUUUGUCAACAACAAGAUGAAACAUCAAACAAGAUCUGAGCAAUAAGGAUUUGACUUGACGAUCGUCACAAGCUUGCACCAUGCAUUUGACCAGAUUACCACCGAAUGCCUGCAGAAUCUAUGCAGACUUGUUUUUUUUUUCCAUUAUUUUUAUGUGACAGCUACAAACGUUUUGGGGAAACAACAAAUGUUUUUCUAAAUCUGUCCUAAGUUUUUACACCAAAUGGUUUUUAAAGAAAAAAUGGAAUUUGAUAACUGGUCAGUUUGACAUUUUUAAAUAACUUUUUAUGUAUUCAAACAUUUUAACAAAAUGCAAGCUCAAAUAAAAGUCCAGAAACCA